UGAGACGUGAGGAAAGUACCAAGCAACCAAUGGCUAAGCUGCAGAUCCAUUGGCUGGAAUGUUUAUGAGGGAAACUCCCAUAAAUGUACCUGUUUUAAGCACUGUAAUCUCACCAUUUAUUCUGGUGUAUACUGUGGUACGAGUGGGCUCUUUAUUUCAAGUAUGGCACUGAAGCAAACAAAAAUAUUUUACAAUAAGUUGAAAGGAAAAAAACAGCAUGGAAAUGAAGAGAAACCUUUAAUGAAAAACAUCGAGCAGACAGAUGGGGGACAGACGUUUGAAUGCAUGGAAAGUUCAGAUCAGUCUGGAGUGCUUCCUGAUCUAAUUACUCCAGAUGUUGAAGUGAGUGGCAAGAAAGUGCUCGAUAUUCUCAGAAAGAUUCUGAGUGAACAAUCAAACCCUGAGGACCUUGACAAGGCAGCUGAGGUGUUGAAAAGAUGGAGCAAACUAAACGGUGUUACCAUAGACCAGAAAGAAGAAAGCUUCCCUCAAAACUGGCUCUGUGAGUAUCUUCAAGAAAUAGAUCAGUUUGUGGAAAACCACUUUCCCAAGCUGCCAGAAGAGGGAGCACAAGGAUCUCAGUUAGAGCAGUUACAGGACUUUCUAAAGAGCACACAAAGCAAGAUAUGCUAUGAAGUGAUUCGAUUAACACCGGUACUGGAAGAUGCUGGGCUGCUAGUUCAUCUGACUGACAGUUACAGUCGUCACCUCUUUACCAAGUUGGACCUGCUGCUAAACAGAGAUCUGUCUGUGAAGGAGACCUUCUGCCUUUUACUGUGGGGAAAAGAUAUUUUCUUCAGUCCAGAUUCGCAGCAUGUCUUCAGAGUGUAUGACCCUCUGCUGUUGACGGGAUGGUUUGAGAAAGCAAAGAGGAAACUGCUGCCAAAACUAAAGAAUGAAAUCUCUAAGACUCUACAGAACAUCCUGUGCUAUGAGGAGCAACAUGGACAUAAUGAGGACUCAAUGAAUGAAGAAGCUUUCAUCAGAUUGCACAUAGAUGUCAUUCAGUGUCUGAAUGCUGUUAUUGAAAAUUCUAAAGCAUUUAGUAAAACCCUUAUAUGUAAGGUACAACCGCUCUGUCUUAAAGAGCUUCAUCGUUUUGUUCAGAAGUAUGUUGAUGCAGAGAAAAAACGGCAACCCCUGAACACAAACUCUGUGUACCUGUUUCGGCUCAUCAGCACCUGUAGGCAACUCAGAUUUUAUGCUCCCCAACUCAACAAUCCGGAUAUAAACGAGAGUGACGAUCUCUUAAACAUCAUCAACAUGUUAAAGAAGAUGGAAGAUCAUGUUUUGUCUAUUGUACAAAAGAUGAUGAAACACUUAGCACAGGACCAUUUAAGACGUUAUUUCAAAAAGGGGAGUGAGCAAAUUCAUAUCCUGACAGAGGCAAUCAAAAAGCAGUGUGCAUCUCUGCCUCAGAAUGACAUGGGAAAGGAGAUUCAAGAGAUCUUUGGGAAUGUCGCCUACGACUGUGUUUCACGCGUGUAUCUGGAUUGCUUGAUGAAGAGCAGGAUCAAACGGCUUGAAAAGAGAUGGGAAAAUGUCGGAGAAAGGAUGAGAGAGGACGCUCUUAAUUUUCACAACGCAUUCACUGAACUGAGUGGCAGUGAUGACCAGAACAAGCUCCUUCUGAGAAUGAGUGAAGUUUUGCUUUGCAGUGAUGUAGAUGCACUGAAGCUUACCUGUUGUAAGUUGUUCCAAGACCUCCCUGAGGACAGUGAGCAGUAUGUACCUGGCCUGCUGCGCUGGAAGGGGGUGUUAUCAGAGCGACAAAUAAGGAAAGUACUGGAUGUGAUUCGAGAAGUUUACCCAGAUCCAAAUCCUAGACGUGUCACCCGUCAUCCCCUGAAGGGCCUUUGCUGUUGUCUUUGAUCUGAAUAACACCAUGAGCCAAAAAAACCUUUGUUUACAAGUGAAACAAUGGAUUUAUAGACUAUUUGGCAAACAGCGAUGACAUAUUUUGUGGGCGGAGCCUAACGUUUUUCUGCCACCACCACAAUGCAUGCACAGCUACAAAUGAAGUAACCGUGACGUCUGCUACCAACUAGCAGUCUAUUGGACCGCUGGAGAAAAAUUAAGUAGCUUUUUUGAUACUUAAUGUCUUUUCUAUGACAAUUUUUAUUCAUUUUUAAAAUUUUUAUUUAUUGUUAUUUACUAAUUAUAUUGGUUGUAUUUUUUAUUGUAAUAAAAAAAUAAUUUUCGUUUGAAAAUAGGAUGAAAUUUUAUUUAUUCAUUUGGGAAAUGCUUUUAUCCACAGUAUCUUAUAAAUGUGGUAUGUCAUAAGCAAUUUAUCAUACAAGAGUCAGCGGUACUGUAUAACAAGUGGACAAGAAGUGCCUUUGGUACCUCAAUAAAGACAUAAAUGGGCCUUUUUUGAUCUUUAAUGUCUUUAAUGAUAAAAUAAUUUUCGCAGAGUAUUGAUGUUUGGUUGUCUCCUUCCAUAUCUUCUUUGUUAAAUGCAUUUGCAUUGUGUGUGUAUGGCUGAUUCACAGUUUGUUUCCAAGGAUGUUUCCAAAGAAAGGAAGCAGGAGGUAAAAAUAUGUACAUUACAACUACAUCCUGUGCUCCUGUAGAGGAUACGGCUUGUCAGGAAAUCUUCAGUCUUUCGGGAACUACACAUUCAUUGUGACAGCAGGUGUGUUUCCUGAGUGCACGGGAAUAGCUUAUUACUUGAACAUUUUACACCAUAUCCUGUUUGUA